AACAGGUCCUUAUCUUUCAAAAAUAUCACGACUGUUUAUUUCUUGCGAGGUCCUCAAAACGGAUAAUAACUAGCAGAAAGCUGAUUAUUUCUUUCACUGCCUAUUUUUGGUGUUUAUAGUUCAAGUCUGUAUUGAUAUCAACAUGGCUAUGAGAGAUUUCAUCAUGGUCGCGCCGGCCAAAUCUUCCGUCUAUAAGCCUCGUUUGCUUGCGUCGAUCAUGGAAAAUGUCACGACCGUCACUUUACAAGCUUGCAAUGGAUUCUGGGCAUAUCUAGUACCCUCCAAGCUACUCGAUGGCUGCUGGAGUCGAGUCCUCCUGACCAUCCAUUAUUACAGUGUGCGGAAACUGGAUGGCCUCCGACAGGUUACACGACAGGCAAGGCUGCAUUCCUAUUGCUGUAUUCUCCAUUGAUGUGUUGUCUGCCUCGUUAUCACAGGAAAAACGUCUCACCAUUCGCUGGCACCCGGAAGCACACGCCCUCCGAGAUCCUUUGACAUAGGUCGGCAAUCGAGAAGAUCCAGGUUGUCUGGGGUGUGUUCGCUCCCUCCACCUGGGGAGUGUAAGCUCGCGGCUAGAAACGCGUUUUGUCAAACGCCUGGGGACUUGGAGAGCAGCCUCCCCCAUCUCUUUUUCUAGCACAAACGAGCUCAGGCUUUUCUUUUCCCUUUUCUUUUCCAAGGACGAAUUUGGGCAUGGAAACAAUCCCCGGCAAGGUUUUCUACCCAUCUUAAUUUAACGACAACUUCCCUCUUCCCCAAACAAGAAUUCAAAUCUUCUCAUUGGAUUUAUGUUCAGAAUUAGAUAUUUCCUACCGCAAUCUCCAUUUCCAACUUACCUCUCACUCUCGGUGGACAUCAGACUGUGAUUCCUAUCAAAGCCUCUCAACACCACACAAAUCCGCCACCUGAAUUAUUCAAUAUCGCCUCUCUCCUAUACAGUCUACAUCUAUCAUCACCUCCCAGGGAAAAAGACAAGCCAAAGAACGACACCAUGGCCCCGGGUCGAAACCGCGGACGUGGACGUGGCCGCGGCCGUGGAUGGUCAUUGCCCAUACGAAAUGGCGAUGCUCGCCCACGAAGAGACGAGGUUUACUCUCAGAACAACACAGGCAGGCCACAACAGACUGAAGAGCAAAUUCAGGCCCGGUCAGCUUUCAUGCAGUGGAAGACUCUGCUUUCAAAUGACCCACCCCGUGAUAAGCUGGGUGCUCACCGAAAACUUACCCACUUCUGGACAAGUGCCCUGCGAAUCCUGGACGGCAACGUCCACGAAUGGCACCAGUGGUUAGCCAAAGACUUGGUCAGUGACGAGAUGAACGGCUUGAAGUAUGUGCGAGCAACUAUCAACUUUCAGGCAGAAAACGAAACAGCACAGUUGGAUGUUGUCCGGUCAUUCCUCGAGGUUAUCACUCAUCAAAAGCUUCUGGACUGCCUUUCGAUCGAGGCACAUGUAGGCACCAUCUAUAGCUUCAUUUGUGGCUCAGAUGGCACCAGAGCAGUUGAUUUCAUCACCAGGAACUGUCAAGAACUUCUCAUACUGGCAACCAAAGAGACCAAUGAGAAAGUACGAGAUCACGGCAAGCAAGUUUUGCGUCUUAUCAUUGAAGCCGUGAAGGAGCUUUUGGACAGAGAGAUGAAAGCUCGUCUCAACGACAACCUUGGCCAGAUAUUUGAUCUUUUGGAUCAAGUUUCCGUCAAGCUUAACCCUGACGAUCCAGGUGGAGAAUCUUCAGUUGUCACUUCUGUAAGAAGAUAUGCUGGCCGCUGCGCAAGAUUGGCCAAAGGUCUAGCUGAGGCCCAGCCGUCCACCAUACCGAGUCGAUCCUCUGAGGCUCAGUCCACGUUUCCUCUACAGGUCUCCCGGGCUGGCGGACGGCACGACAACGAUCACGAGGAUAUCACCAAGAUUCGGCUGCUUCCCACCACUGCUGAGAUAAUGAGUAACGAUGCUGAAUAUCUACCUUCCACGAACUGGACUGCACCACACUUCUUCGAUGAUCCUGUUCUGCGACAUUUGGACACUCACUUUCGUCUGUUGCGUCACGAUACAUUUGGACCAAUCAACAAGCUACUUCACGGUUUCAUGCUCAGCAAAUGUUCCCUCUCCUGGCUCCGGAAGCAAGAGACUCGUGCUCAUGCUUAUUCUGGGGCUCACUUAAGUCACAUUUCUGCUCAUAAGCGGGGUCUUGGAAUCACUUUAUCAUUUCUGCAACCGCCAGACACUCGCAAGUUAUCAUUGGUAGAGCAGCGAACAUGGUGGGAGAGCUCACCGCGUCUAGAUGACGGUGUCCUUGUGGCAUUUGUUGUCUCUAAUGACAGCGAGACUUCUGUUCUGUUCUUCACCGUCGCACCAGGACUCCAAGAUACCCAAGGGAGUAACAGCAAGACCGACGGGAAAGCGGCCGGUGGAAAGCUAGGAAGCAAGAGCCGUGUGCGAGUUCCCGAUAAAGGCUUCCCAAAAGUCGAGGUGAAACUCGUGGAGAGAACGGAACAAGAGACAAAGCUCUUAUUGAGGCUUUACGAUGAGGGUGCCGAGGGGUUUCUCAUCGAGUUUCCCUCGAUCAUCCCGGCCACAUUUGCCCCCAUCCUGAGGAAUCUUCAAACAAUGAUUGGAAGGUGUAAUCUCGCAUUCUCUCGCUGGGUUUUACCAGCAGGGCAAGAAAAGCAGCAGGACUUGAGCACAGUCAUUCCACCACCUGAAUAUGCUCGGACAAGCGGCUUCAAGUUUCAACUGGACACCAUCGCCACAGACAGAGAACCUCUCGAACUUGACCCCUCCAGCAGCCUGGUUGACCACGAGGAGCUUUUGAGAGUACUGGAGUCCCGGACUGGACUUGACAGGGGCCAAUGCGAGGGACUUUCAGGCGCACUUACCCGUGAGUAUGCACUCAUACAAGGGCCUCCGGGUACAGGGAAGUCAUAUGUUGGUGUUCAGUUGACGCGUGUACUCCUGGCGUGCAAGUCCAAAGCAUCUCUAGGCCCAAUCAUGGUGAUAUGCUACACCAACCAUGCCCUAGAUCAAUUUCUAGAGCAUCUAAUGAAGGUUGGUAUUGACAAGAUCAUUCGAAUCGGUGGUCGGAAUCGCGUGCCGGUCCUCGAGGGCAAAAACCUGCGGAUCGUGAGCAGGGAAGGGGGGCAGAAAAGCAAGCUGGAGCAAAUGGUUGUUGGGAGAGCACACGGCAACUUGGAGACGUACGCGCAUGGUCUCGGAAGCUCUCUAAAGCAUUUGCACCUACGACGCAAGUCUAGAAAUUGCCCUAACGGGGACUCCCUACGGCAUUUUCUAAAAGUUCAGUAUCGCUCUAUUCAUAAUCAGCUCUUCAACGCAGAUGAGGAAGGAUUCACUACUGUCGGUUCUGACCCUUUGGCUAUCUGGCUCCGUCGAGGUCUAGCACAAAAGAACCUUGAUCCUGUUCCUUCCGAUACUUCUGGCGACAUCGACCAGCUCAUCCAGAGAGCCGAAAUCAACAUCAGCUCGCUCACUGUUACUGAACGUCAGGCCCUGAUUGGAGCUUUCCAAAGAGAGGCUCUGGACUACUAUAGUGCUCAGAUUAGCACAAAUCUGGGCCAGAUCGAAAGAGAGCAACAAAAUAUCAAGAAUGCGCACCAGGAUAUUGAUCUAAGAGUCCUACGACAGGCCGAAAUCAUUGGCGUCACCACCACAGGCCUGGCCCGAGAUAUCGAAAUGCUGCGCUUGGUAGGUUCCAAGGUGGUGAUUUGCGAAGAAGCUGCGGAGGUGCUCGAGGCUCAUCUGCUUUCCGCCAUGAUGCCACGAGUGCAGCACCUGAUCCAGAUUGGUGACCACCAGCAGCUCAGACCACAGAUUACGGACUAUGACCUAAGCUUGGAAUCGUCAAGGGGCCUUCCAUUCCAGCUCAACCGCAGUCAAUUUGAGAGGCGUGCAGUCGGCGAGCCAGGCAUGGCGCCUCUACCUUUGGCCAAGCUCAAUAUACAGCGGCGAGCCCGUCCAGAGAUUUCGAAGCUUUACCGAAUUCCGCUGUACCCGGAUCUCAAAGACCACGAGAACGUCAUGAACCAUCCCAAUGUGGUCGGCAUGCGCAGGAAUCUAUUUUGGCUAGAGCAUGACCAUCAAGAAGACAAGGCAGCCGGCCAGAACCGGUCGACUUCUAAGACAAAUAAGUGGGAGGUCGACAUGGUUGUGCCCUUGGUCCGGCAUCUGGUGCGUCAGGGUAAAUACUCUCAAUCAGAUAUUGCCGUGCUUACGCCCUAUGCCGGCCAACUGCGGAGUUUACGAAAAGCCCUGGAUAGUGAGUUUGACAUUUUCGUCAGUGAUCGGGAUGAGGAAGCUCUUGCUGCAGACUCUCAUGGGAAGUCCGACUCGGAGGAGACGACACGCCAAACAGAAUGGGACAAGAUGUUCGUUAAAAAGUCUCUGGCCGAAACCCUCCGCCUCGCGACCGUCGACAACUUCCAGGGAGAAGAGGCCAAGAUUAUCAUCAUUUCGUUGGUGCGGGGCAAUCCGGAAAACAAGGUCGGUUUCCUGCGAACGUCGAACCGUGUCAACGUUCUCCUCAGCCGGGCAAUGGAUGGUAUGUACAUCAUUGGAAACAGCAACACCUACCUUGGCUCAGGCGUACAGAUGUGGAGGGAUGUGUACCAGCUCCUCGAAGACGAAGGAAAUGUCGGCCAAACUAUCAGUCUCUGCUGUGAGCGUCACAGGGAAACGCCCAUCGAGUGUGCCACGCCGGAAGAUUUCCAUGUCAAGAGCCCAGAGGGUGGCUGCGAUCUUAGGUGUGGCAAGCGACUCGAACGAUGCGGACACCGCUGUAGGGCGAAAUGCCACUCGGACAGUAUGCAUCAAGUAUGGAACUGCCCUCAGGCAUGCGUACGAACUCGCCCGACCUGUAGCCAUCCUUGUCCCAAGCUCUGCGGUCAAAGUUGCGGGCCUUGCUUGGUAAAACUAAAUGGUAUCAGGCUGCCAUGCGGCCAUAUUAUGGACAAGAUACCUUGCCAUAUUCAACAGGAUUUGCAGGCGCUGAAGUGCAAGACUUUUGUGGAAAAGACGGUGCCUGGCUGCAAGCACAAGAUUAAAGUCGAAUGUUCCACGAACGUGGAAUCAGGCGCCUUCCACUGCCCAGUCCCAUGCGAAGAGCUUCUCGCGUGCGGUCACGGCUGUACUGGGAACUGUGGCAGUUGCACGAUCAAAGACUACCAGAACGAGGAAGCUCUGGCCAAGAGGCAUGCUGUUUGCUCCGCUAUUUGCCAGCGGCCGUCCUCAACAUGCAAUCAUCAAUGCAAGCGAAAGUGUCACGGCGGCGAUGAUUGCGGACCAUGCCGUAAUGUCUGCGAAGUCCGCUGUCCGCACUCGGCGUGUGGACGUAAAUGCAGUGAGCCAUGCACUCCAUGCAUCGAGCCCUGUGUCUGGCACUGCGAGCACCAAGGUACAUGCCCCAUGCCAUGCGCAGCGCCCUGCGAAAGACUUCCAUGCAACGAGCGCUGUACCAAGACCCUCAAGUGCGGCCAUCGCUGCCCAAGUGUCUGUGGUGAAGACUGUCGUGAGCUUUGUUGCCACGAAUGUCGGGAUAAGGAGAACUCUGUCGUCGAUUACAUUGAGUUUAAGACGUACGCUGAAAUCGACGUUGACGCGACCCCGGUAGUGGUCCUCUCCUGCGGUCACGUCUUUACAGCAGAGUCCCUGGAUGGUCAUGUCGGUAUGCAUGAUGUCUACGUUGUCAACCGAAAGGGUGAGUAUACGGGAGUGAAGGGCAUUUCCUCGGAUCUUGCGAAGCCUGUACCGGGCUGCCCGGAGUGCCGUCGGCCCAUCCUCCAGUUUUCGACCAAGCGGUACAAUCGCGUCAUCAACCGCGCCGUGAUGGAUGAGACUACCAAGAGACUGUUGGCCAAGGGUCGCACCGAGAUCCAAGCCCUCGAGACUGAGUUCUGUAGGAUUCAGGAAUACCUUCAAAAGUCACGGGAUAGAGUUGCGGUCAAAAUUAUGAUACCCGAGGAGCUCUCGAGAAUUCUCCAGAGUCGCUACGACCAGGCAUUUAAGCUCAUCAAUCGAGCCAAGGCCCUUCAAGAGAAUACCGGGACUCAGAACCAACCAGCAAAGAAGCUGGGUGAUGCCAUAAACCAGAGAAGGCGCCUUCAAGGCGCGAUCGAUCCAAUAGAUGACCGCCCCAGCGCUCAGCACAUUUUUACUGUAGAGAAGGAAAUCUUUUACAGCGCGGCAAUCAUACUGUACCAAAUGCAAGACGUCAAGCUGCGGGACACGGUAAGCAUCAGAAGCCGCGUCCGCGACGUUGCCAAGCCGCAGCAGCAGCAGGCGGAAGCCCCCAUCACCAAUGCGACCAUCAACGCCCUCCAGACCUGCGCCAGGCUCAUCGGCGAGAGCACGGCCGACAAGUUCCCCCGCGCGAGCGUCCAGCUGACGCUGUGCUACGCCAACAUGACCAAGGCGCUCGAGGCGCACGCGGGCGGGGGCGACAAGGUUGCUGAGCUCGCCGACAAGGCGCGUGCCCUGCUCGAGGCAGCCCGCCGGCUGUGCCGGGAGCUGCGCUUCGAGGGCGCCCAGCAGCUCGGGGCCACGGUCGAGGACACCCUCCGGCUGUUUGAGGACAGGUACGAGGCCGUCACGGCCGAGGAGCUGGACGACAUCAAGUCGGCCAUGGUGAGCGGCCCCGGCGGCAUCGCCACGCACUCUGGGCACUGGUACAAGUGUGAGAAUGGCCACCCUUUUGCGAUAGGCGAGUGUGGAAUGCCCAUGGAGCUAGCUCGCUGCCCGGAAUGCGGAGCCAACAUCGGUGGUCAGAAUCACAAUGCUGUUGCCGGUGUCGAGCGGGCCAGUGAGAUGGAGUAGGAUGACGAGUAUGAGGCUUCAGACCUAUCCCAGCCUACUUUAGUAUUGUAUUUCCGUUUUCUGCAGCUUACUGUAGCCGUCCCCCCCCCCCC